AUGUCAACCUCAAGCGAAGAGAGUUCGGAUACAGAUUCCGACGAGGGCUCCGGGAUCGUAACGGUUGGCGGUCCUCAGAAGCCGUUUAUCGACAAAGCUGCACCUACAAGCAGUGCUUCAGACCUGCAAGCAAGACUGGCCGCAUUGUUGCCCGAGUUAGCUGCUGCGAACCGGCAGCUGGAACAAGGCGGAAAGGAUUAUGAUAUGGAGGAUGUCCAGGAUGGUGAGCAGCACAUCGAGAUGAACCUUGGUUUGGGUGUCCUGGAAGAGAAGCACGGUGAUGAGACAAGUGCAGAAGAGGAGUCCAGUGAGGACGAGAGCGAGGUUGAUGAGGACACUGCGCCCACAAGCCUGUUACAUGAGUACCGGCCACAAGACAAAGAUACUCGUGUCAUGCAGAAGCUGACUGGACAGCACAAAACGAUGCAGCGGAAGGUUGCAAUAGAGGAGCUUGGAUGA